UUGGGGAAGAACACUUCCGGUUAGACACACACUAUGAGCUCUCGCUCGACUGGAGCAGCGGCAGCAGCAACAAAGUGAAGAGAAGCCAUCAGCCUCACAUCUCCCUCGCUCCUGAGUAAAUCCAACAGCUCCGGACAUUCGCUGCUGUAAUUUAGUACCAGUUUGGCUUCCCCUCAACGUGUGGGUGAAUUUAUUUGCUUUCUGUCCCUUCUGCAACUGGGUGGCGAGCGGGAGUGGCCGGGCUGCCGGAGUGUCUUUGUGAGGUGUUUAUUUUUUUCUCAAGUGACUAGAAGUGUGUGUCUUACAUUUAGAGAAAAACACUCAAGAUCUGACUCGUCAAGUUGGCAAGUGCAAACUUGUGGCGAUCAUCAUGGCGGGUGUGAGGAAAGCCGGCUUUCUGGGCGCUGGACUCUGCUUCUUUGUAACCCUGGGAAACCUGGUGCACCUCAGCCGGGGGCAAGGCGGCCAAACACUGGAUGCUGCUGGAGUGUUCUACUCAUUUAGCCAGAGGUUGUCAUCAGAUUUCUUGGUAAAUGUCAAAACCUACAAUCACCGAUGGAAGCGAGAGCAACCUCCCAAAUCAGUGGAUACAAACAGAGCUAGUCCAGAGCAAGACUUUGCAGAUCCUACUAAAAUCUUUGAUAUUCAACCUGCUGAGGACACUAGCAAUGAUACAAAAAUUGAGGAAAACACAGACCAUAACUACUAUACAUCAAGAAUGUAUGGGCCGGCAGACCCAGUAACCAGGGAACUGUGGGUAAACAUGGAUCAAAUGGAAAAAGAUAAAGUGAAGAUUCAUGGGAUCCUAUCAAACACCCACAGGCAAGCUGCAAGGGUAAAUUUGUCCUUCGACUUCCCAUUUUAUGGCCAUUUCCUGAGAGAGAUUACCGUGGCUACUGGUGGUUUUAUCUACACGGGGGAAGUUGUACACCGCAUGUUAACAGCUACACAGUACAUCGCACCGCUGAUGGCUAAUUUCGACCCUAGCGUGUCUAGGAAUUCAACUGUCAGAUACUUCGACAAUGGUACUGCUCUGAUUGUACAGUGGGAUAAUGUUCACCUACAGGAUAACUAUGAUUUAGGAAGCUUCACUUUCCAGGCAACCUUGCACAGUGAUGGACGGAUUGUCUUUGGUUACAAAGAGAUUCCUGUUUCUGUGACUCAGAUAAACUCAGCCAAUCACCCAGUCAAAGUGGGACUCUCAGAUGCAUUUGUGGUUGUCCACAAAAUCCAACAGAUUCCCAAUGUACGCAGAAGAACUAUUUAUGAAUACCACCGGGUCGAACUGCAGAUGUCAAAGGUCACUAACAUGUCAGCUGUUGAAAUGAGCCCUCUCGCCACUUGUCUCCAGUACAGAAGCUGCUCUGCCUGUGUCAGUGCACAGAUUGGCUUUAACUGCACCUGGUGUGACAAGCUCCAGAGGUGUUCCAGUGGAUUUGAUCGUCAUCGACAGGAUUGGGUCGACAACAGCUGUCCUGAUGAGCCUAAAGAUAAGACAUGUGACAUCAAGCCUGGCGAGGUGACUCAAGCUGCUUUAUCUACAACAUCAGGUGUUGCAACAUCAGCUACAAAACCCAGAAUCCCAAGCACCACAUCUACAACCGCUUUCACAUUUGGUCUUCCUACUUCCAGCUUAACGACCGAAGAUGAUACAAAGAUUGCUCUGCACCUGAGGGAUAAUGGAGCUUCUACAGCUGACAGCACUGCAGAGAAGGAAGGUGACUCAGUCCACACUGGCCUGAUUGUGGGGAUCCUCCUGGUCAUCAUCAUUGUUGUAGCAGCGGUGCUUGUGACAUUUUACAUGUACCACCAUCCAACAUCAGCAGCAAGUCUCUUCUUCCUUGAGCGCCGCCCAAGUAGAUGGCCUGCAAUGAAGUUCAGACGUGGCUCUGGUCAUCCUGCUUAUGCUGAAGUAGAACCAGUUGGGCAGGAAAAAGAAGGCUUUAUUGUGUCUGAACAGUGCUGAAACUGAGAGAACAAAAUAGUGCACCAGUACUGGCCUACAGGUGUGGGAUUUAUGCUUUGAAGUGGAGAAAGAAGCAAGCUCAAACUCACUGUCCACAAAAUACCUACUUCUGGAUUAGCUCAAAAGUAAGAAAGAUACACAUCUUCAUCUACAAAAUCAUCACUCCAUAGUCUUCCUUAGUAGCCCGGCAGGUUUCACCAAUGAUUCAAGAAAAGCGUGCCACCCCUUUUUGAUAACUGUUGUGGAAUUGAACGAGCAUUAGUGAUGCACACAAGCCGCAAAACUGAAGAAUCAAGUUCAUUCCAUCUUUAGUGGCUCAAAUAAACCCCAACAAAUAACUGUGGAAAAAGAAAACAAUCAAUUAUCCAUGUUACUGUGGUUAAAAUUACAGCAAAUUUGCUUACAGCAUGCUUUUAGCCAAUCAUCAAUCAGAUAAAGCAGUGAAUAGUAUCACUCUCUUCAACAUUUACUUUGAUUCUUUAAAUGUGCAUACAUUUAAGAAAUCACUGACAUCAGCUGGGGGAAAUGUAGUUAAUGUGUACAUUUUUUCAUUGAGGGUAUUUUCUGAUCCACCUGUUGUUUUGAGUGUAUAUGAAUCAUUAUUGAUGGAUUUCUUUCCUGUUGAUGAGCUAUGAUAUAGUGAAAUUUCACCUCCCAAUUAACAGGAUUCAGUUGCGUAAGGGUUGGGAGACAAUUAAAGACGAGUUGAUAUGUUCUUUAGAAAAGCAAAGUUUUGCAAAUUUGCAAAUCUGACACAAUUUUUCUGGUAAAUCUAAUAUGUUUCCCUCAGUAACUUCUGACAUUCCUGAUCUACACUUUUUAAGUUAAAAACAAAAUCUCCAAUUUAUUGUGCACAACAAGGUUCCAUUGGUUUCAGAUUAGCUGAGGGUUUUAUACCAUUUGUGUUGCAAAUAUGCAAUGUGUCAUCUUUUGGCUCAAAAAGUAGUGAGACUGAGAAGGUUUAAAUACACUCCUACUAGAAACCAAAUACUGGGAAUAUUUGCACAUCCAACUAGUUCUGUUGUGUAGUGGACACAUUGGUUAAAUAGAUGAAUAUAUUUUGUUCCUUGAUAGUUUACACAAGACAGGUUCUUGUGCUCCAGAUUGUGAAGAAAUGUUAUAGUGUAUUUUUCCAUCCAGAACAGGCGUGUAACAUGAAUUACCGCAAACAUAAAAUGGGUUGUAAAGUAGUAAUUAAGAUUAGCAUGCUGUUUAACAAUAGAAAGUAGUUUCAUGGACAGCAAAGAAUGCGCACUUUCAAUUGUCUUCACUGAAAUGGAUUGGUUUAUUUUUGAGCUUUCUUUGUGAUGUGAAACCAGGCUGUUCAUCAAUAAAUUCAGGUAAGUAUUCUUCAAUAAAAUCCUGUGAAAUAAAUCUUCCAGUCUUACAAGUAAAGGCACUUGCUAUUAUUAUGUAUUGAAAAUGGCAGAUUCAGGUCUAAUUACAGAUUAUUGACUUCUUUCCACUUGCCAACAACACAAUCAAUGAACAAUACAACCCUAGGACCACUUCAGUCAAUAAGUGUCAUUGGUUUCACUCACAGUGAGUUUGACCUUGGUAGGAAUGGAUUUUCUUUUCAAUUAUCAUUUUAUGUAAGAGUACCAGUUAGGGAUAAAAUAGCUUCUUCUGUUGGCUUUGUUCUGAAACUAUCAUGAGAAACAAUUUAAAAUCUUGUCCUAAACAUUAUCCAAAAUGUCACAUCAAUCAUCUAAACUGCUUUAAUGAUAAUGGUAUCUGAAUUUUAAAUGUCCUUUUCCAAAGGCUGGCCCCUGGAAUGAAAAAUGGGUGUAGUUGCAUUGUUGACUGGAUGAAGUGGACUUGAUGGCCCUGAUGUACUUGAUAGUGUUACUUCACCAUUUUUGUUUGUUUAUGUGUGCUCCAAGUUUUGGUUCAACAUCCAGAAUCUCUUGUAAAGAUUCUAGUAAUAUCAACAACUGCAGGCACCAGUGUACAGAUACUAUGGUCUGUAAUGAGAAGAUUUCUUCAUCCUCAUCAGCCAAGAUUCAUUUGAAUUACUUAAACAUGCUUACAGCAAUCCUUUCUUAGCUAUCCCAUGUCACUGUGAACAUUCUCCCAAAUCCUACUGGCCAAUUCAGUGCAAUGAUCUCAAACAGAUGAUAAGGCCAUUAUUACAGAAGUCUUGAAUGAAGUGUCUAACAUAUAUUAUAUCAUGCUUUUCGUAUCUUGAUGCUACCCUACAACCAUGUUCAAUCUUUUAACUUACACUUUUUCAAUUGUGUAAUUUUUGCAUUCCCCCAUAUGCCCUACACUAUGUUGAAAAUCAGCAAAAUAAUACUAUUUCUCAUGUCAUUCUGUAACACUUUGACUUAUCGAUCUACACAACAAAUCUGAGGAAGAAUCAAGUCUCAGGCCUAAAUAAACAAAAUUCACCUUUGACCUGGCUCAGUUUUCUCAAACAGAUUUGCACGUAUUCCUGGUAACAAACAUUUGAUUUGGUUAUCAAGAAAGCAUCUCAUCACCACCUUCUCAAGGGCAAUUAGAGAUGGACAACAAUUUGCCAAUGUCACUCACAUCCCAAGCACAAAUAAAUUUUUAAAAAUCAAAUUUCUAAUUUUUCCUUCACACUAAUUUCAAAUAAAGCCUAGUAAUGCCAAAAAGAGGAGGCCAUUCAUUCUGUCUAGCCUAUUCAUUUAGAUAAUGGCUGGUUUGUACCUCAUUUUUCUGUCUUUUCACCCUUAUCCAACUAAAAUCUAUUGAUGUGAGUUUGAACGUUUCAUUUAAGCCAGCAUCUGCAACUUUUGGGGAACAGAGUUCAAGAGUUCCACCACCCUUUGUCUGUAAAAGUGCUUCCUAAAUUAUUCCUAUAUGAAUUGCUUUAAUUUUAAGACUUUGCCCUCUUGUUCUGGAUUUCCCACAAGAGGUAAUAAUUUCUCUGUAUCUGCCACAUUGUAUCCCUUUAUCAUAUUAAAGACCUCAAUUGGGUUGCCCCUCAACCUUGUAAAUUCAAGGGAAUUCAAGCCAAGAGUAUAAAACCUGUCUUCAUAAUUUAAUCCUUUAAACUGUGGUAAAAUUUAACAGAGUGUGGUAUCAAGGAGCCCAGGCAAAAUUGAAAUCACAAUGAAUGCUAGGACCCUGGGAAGUACCAAGGAUCAGGGGGACCUUGGUAUACAUGUCCACCGGUCCCUUAACGUAGCGGGACAGGUAGAUAAGGUGGUUAAGAAGGCAUAUGGGAUACUCACCUUUAU